AUGUUCAGUCUGCUGCUCUGCAUCCUAUUCGCGGUCAUCUCUUUUGCACUACCACUAAACUCACCACUUCUGCAGUCAUAUGAUUACAUAGUCGUAGUGGUUGGUGGCGGCGUAGCAGGACUCACAGUCGCGAACCGAUUGUCCGAAGACCCAACCGUGAACGUCCUCGUCCUCGAAGCUGGUCCAGCAGAUCAUGGAGAAGGCAUCAUCAACGUACCCGGCAUGAUCGGAGAUGGCAUGAGUACAAUCUACGACUGGAAUCUAUCGUCUACCGCGCAAAUUUCGUUGGAUGGGAAGCCGCGUAGCAUACCUCAGGGUCAUGGUCUUGGUGGCGGAAGCUUGAUCAAUGGCAUGUUAUGGAAUCGUGGCGAGGUUGACGACUGGGCGAAUAUUGCAGCUCUAGGCAAUCCCGGCUGGACUUGGAAUGAUAUGUUACCAUACUUCCAGCGCAGUGAGCGAUACUGGGGUCUAUCAUCCGAGGAGCUCGCUGUCGCGUACUCUAUCGAGGCCAAUGCGAGUGUACACGGCAUAUCUGGGCCUGUGAACGUUAGCUUUCCUUCGUGGUAUUGGCCUAGCUCCCGUGCACUGUUCGCUGGUCUGAAUGAGCUGGGCAUACCCACAGCUUUCGAUCCGAACGCUGGCCAGAUUGCCGGAGCCAGUUUCCUUCCAAUCAGUCUGGACCCAGUCACGGGAACUCGAUCGACUGCGAGAAGAGCAUACUACGACUCCGUUGCUUCCAGGCCGAACUUGUGGGUGGCGACCUCACAAUACGUGACACAAAUUCUCUUCGCAGGGACAAGUGCGGACCUCAAUGCGCUCAUAAGCACGUCCAACGAUGUACCUAUCGGCGGUCAAGGCUCAUCACCAGGCGUACCAGGUGGCAUAUUCGGCCAGACAGAUGUGUCUCCAUCUGGUUCACCUUCGACGAGGAGAAGAGGUCUUUCCCUUCUCCAAAACCUCUGGCACAGCCUUCCAAGAGUUUUGAGGCGCCAGAAUACCGCUACCGGGACACAGGUAGUGCGGGCAAAUGGUGUGGUUUUCGCGGCGGAUGCUCAGAGUCCGCGCGAGGUUGUAUCAGCCACUCGCGAAGUCAUCCUCGCUGCUGGAUCACUACAUAGUCCACAGCUUCUACUCCUUUCUGGUGUUGGACGUGCAGCAACUCUACGGCAGCUUGCGAUUCCGGUGAACAUAGAUCUGCCAGGCGUUGGUAGUAACCUCCACGAUCAUGGACAAGUAUGGGCCUGGUACCCGUACAAUAACUCAGCUAUCGCAACGCCGCUGAGUCUGAUACGCAACAGCACAUUUGCAGAGAAUGCUUGGGAGGAAUAUAAUGCCAAUAGAACUGGUCCAUUGACUUCCGCAGCAUACGACGGUGUGGCGUUCCCAGCUCUACCUUUCAUUGUCAACGGCUCGACAGCCAUUGUGGACGCUGCCACAGCCCAGGCCGCAGCACAAUACUUACCUUCCGGCACAGACGGCAGUGUUGUUCUCGGCUUCACGCAACAGCUUCGUCUACUCACCCAAGCUUUAUCCGAUCCAACCAGAGCAAGCUACGAGAUCAUCAAUGGGAAUGAUGGAGCACUGACAGUGGCGAGUAUGCGACCUUUGAGUCGUGGGACUGUAACGCUUAACUCACCGCAACCCUUUGAGCCACCAGUCAUCGACCCGCGCUAUGGUAGCAAUCCAGUCGAUAAGCAGGUGCUGCUAGCUGCUCUACGCUUCAAUCAGCGUCUGAUCGUCACGGAGAGUAUGUCUCAGUUGCAACCAUUGCAAAUGUAUCCAGCGGCGGACGCCACGGAUGAUGAGCUUCUGCAGUGGAUCGCGACGACCUUGGAAACCGAGUACCAUCCUGCAGGCACUUGUUCUAUGCUGCCAUUUGCGCUUGGUGGUGUGGUCUCGCCAGAUCUGCUUGUGUACGGUACUUCAAAUCUUCGAGUCGUGGACGCCAGCAUCAUACCCAUGCUACCAGCCGCACAUCUGCAGGCUGUCGUUUAUGGAAUCGCGGAGAAGGCUGCAGAUGUCAUACGGGCAGCAAACGCCCGUGAUCAAGCCGCAACCAGCUCGACGCCAGCCACGACACCGUCUCCUUCGCCUCCCACGUCCUCAUCAGCACAGUCAUUUUUCAACGAUGCUUUGGUUCCAAUUGAUCCGAUGACGACCUUCGUGACUGUCGUUGAGACGCAAACGGUGUAUGCUUGA